CGAGACCUGACUGGGAGGAAGAGUUUUGUCUUCAUUUCUAUGUUAAGUUGUGUGUUUUCUUUUCUACUGGUCUUAAGACAAAACACAUUUUUAAAUAUUAUUCAUCCUGUAAACCUUCAAAUUAUGGAUGGUCCUCAUCUGUCUCGGAGCUGUGAACUAUCUCUGCCCUGCUGUGCAGACGGGGGUUCACUGCCGUGCACUAAGACUCCCCAAGUCAGUGGGGUCAGAGUUCAGCUGGAGAUGGAUGCGCUUUGGCAGCAGUUUGACCAGCUGGGCACAGAAAUGAUUGUUACAAAAGCUGGAAGGAGGAUGUUUCCAACAUUUCAGGUGCAAAUCUCUGGGAUGGAUCCUACUGCUGAAUAUGUCCUGCUCAUGGACUUUAUCCCUGUUGAUGAUACAAGAUACAGAUAUGCUUUCCACAGCUCAUCCUGGUUGGUGGCAGGGCGAGCGGAUGUCAUACUCCCAAGUAGGAUGCAUUUCCAUCCAGACUCACCGGCAGGUGGCGCCCAGUGGAUGAAGCAGACGGUUUCCUUCGACACUCUCAAGCUCACCAACAACCUGCUGGAUGACAACGGACAUAUGAUAUUGAACUCCAUGCAUCGCUAUCAGCCGCGCUUCCAUGUGGUGUAUGUGGAUCCAGCACCCAACAGUCACUUAAAUGCAUACAGGAACUUCUGCUCUUUUUCCUUCCCCGAGACGCGCUUUAUGGCCGUCACUGCCUAUCAAAACCACCGGAUAACCCAGUUAAAAAUAGCUAGCAACCCAUUUGCUAAAGGCUUCAGGACUACAGACCUGCAGGACCGGAUGGGUUUUUCCAGACCCCUGGAUUUGUGGUGUCCACCAGAGGGCAGAGCUGAGUCAUUCACCACAAAACCCAGAGAGCAGAGAAGCUGGGAAUCCAACCCUUUAACCAGAAAGGAGGACCCGGCCCCGUUGUUGGCGGAGCAGUAUGGACUGUUUCACCACCUUAAAGACACUGCGGGACAUAACAUGGAGAGGAAGGAUGGGAACAGUUUCUUAGCACCAACUUCUUUCCGCCCUAUUCCUUCCUACUGGGACUGUCCAGGACCAUCUCAAGAGAGGGACGGUCUAUUGUAAGAAAAGACAAGCAAAACUUACAGAGCUUUGAAUUGAAUUCAACUUACAGUUUGCUUCUUCAGCUGAUAUCAAUUUGUAUUGUAUAAUAAAUGUAUAUAUUUGCUUUCUCUCCUCAAAACAUAGUUGUUGAUUUCUCCUAAAUGUAGGCAAUGUUAUAGAAACAAAAAAUGAUGUGUAUGACAGAAGGUAGGACGUUGUAGAAAAGUUGUAUAACUAGCUAAUUUUAGCUAUCAAACUAGCUAGCUUGCCUAAUGCCAAAUUGGUGGCUCUUGAUUAAAAUGUGUCAUGAGAAUCUCUGUUUACCGUUCUAGAAGGGAAAGUAAUAACAAAUAUAUAGUAGUGAUACAAUAUACAAUAGAAACGUUGUAAACUUAUCAAAUAUAAGGAAUUUAUAACUUUAUAAAUAACGGUUUUCAAGCAUAAAAUCACAUUGCUUGGCAAGUACAGGAUGAUAUAGCUGGCAAUGCUGAUCAACGUCAUCGCACUUCCGCUUUUAAACGGAAGUGAGACACUUUUGAAGAUCAGGUUGAAAAACAAAUGGGCUGUCCAGCUCAUUCAUGCUAAGUGAUUUAUAGGGGUCAUAUUAUGCUACUUUAUCAGGUUCAUAUACAGUGGGGCAAAAAAGUAUUUAGUCAGCCACCAAUUGUGCAAGUUAAAAUAUAGUUAAUAUUUAAAAAGAUGAGAGAUGCCUGUAAUUUUCAUCAUAGGUACACUUCAACUAUGAGAGACAGAAUGGGGGAAACAAUCCAGGAAAUCACAUUGUAGGAUUUUUAAUGAAUUAAUUGGUAAAUUCCUCGGUAAAAUAAGGAAUUUAUCCUAUGUCCCCCACUCGUUACCUGUAUUAAUGGCACCUUUUUGAACUCGUUAUCAGUAUAAAAGACACCUGUCCACAACCUCAAACAGUCAUACUCCAAACUCCACUAUGGCCAAGACUAAAGAGCUGUCAAAGGAGACCAGAGACAAAAUUGUAGACCUGCACCAGGCUGGGAAAACUGAAUCUGCAAUAGGUAAGCAGCUUGGUGUGAAGAAAUCAACUGUGGGAGCAAUUAUUAGAAAAUGGAAGACAUACAAGACCACUGCUAAUCUCUUAAUCUUUGGAGGGAGUUGAAAGUCCGUGUUGCCCAGCGACAGCCCCAAAACAUCACUGCUUUAGAGGAGAUCUGCAUGGAGGAAUGGGCCAAAAUACCAGCAACAGUGUGUGAAAACCUUGUGAAGACUUACAGAAAACGUUUGACCUCUGUCAUUGCCAACAAAGGGUAUAUAACAAAGUAUUGAGAUGAACUUUUGUUAUUGACCAAAUACUUAUUUUCCACAAUAAUUUGAAAAUAAAUUCAUUAAAA